CCUUCUCACAAAAUUUCCCUAUAAAUAACCAAUGUCCUACAAAACAGUCAUAAGCCAACUACAAGUCCAAGCAAUGGCCAAAGUCAUACUACCAGUUCUUCUCCUAGUCAUAUGCCACAGCUCAACCCAUCUCCUAGCUGAUCACCCCAUUGCAGCCCGGUGGGUGCCUCCCGGCGCUGCCCGACAGUUCGUAGACGCACACAACUCCGCUCGAGCGGAAGUCGGAGUCGACCCUCUGAAAUGGAGCUACAGUCUGGCCAACGCCGCAUCCAGGCUCGUCCGCUACCAAAAAAACUACAUGCAUUGCGCGUUCGCCGACAUGACGGGUCAGCUGCAGUACGGCAGCAACCAAAUGUGGAGCGAUUACUCAGCGAAGCCGCCGCGUGAGGUGGUGGAAUACUGGGUGAAUAGUGGGAAGAAACACUAUAGAUAUACGCACAACUAUUGUGUGAGGAAUCAGAAUUGUGGGCCUUAUAAGCAGGUGGUGUGGGAGAAGACGGAGAUGGUGGGUUGUGCACAAGGUGUGUGCGGGAACAACAAUGGGAGUCUUAGCAUAUGCUUUUACUAUCCUCAUCCUGGAAAUCUGGGAGGACAACGCCCUUACUGAUCAAGAGUGUUUUCGUAUGUAUGUAUGGGUGUGUGUGCGUGUGCGUGUGUGUGGCAACCAUGUUGUCAACCUUAAAAAGCCAUGUACCAUGUAUGUUGUCAUGGAGAAUAAUAACUGAAAUAAAUGAAUGUUAGUACGAAUGUUUAAUAGAUUAAAAAAAUAA